AUAAUAUAAAUAUAUAAAAGCUGUGGCUACAUAUGAUAUUGAAGCACAAACAGACAAAGCAAGUUCGCCACAGUUUUGCUACAGUAUAGCUUAAAAUGGAACAAAAAACUGAGAAAUUAGUUAAUUCUGUAAUAUCAGAGGCGAUGUUCAAGUUCGCGGUGACAAGUCUGCAUAAAUAUGCGUCGAUCAAGCCAAAGGAAGAUUUUGUUUUUAGUCCAUAUAAUAUAUAUCACGGACUUUAUUCUGUUUAUAUGAUUUCAAGUGGUGAAAUGGAACAGCGUUUAAGAGAUAUUCUUUAUUUACCAAAUGUUUCGAAGUAUGAGUUGCUGAAAAUUAUUAAUUUUGAUAAAUACCCCGGACACCGACCUGUACGCUAUAAGAAUGCUACUUCUUAUAUGCCUUACCAUUAUGUAAUUCAAAAUCAAUGUAUAUUUUUAAACAAAAAACUUUGUAAAGACUUAAAAACACUGAGACGACUGUACAAUGCUGGAUUCCGAUCUAAAAGAAAUAAUAAUAUCCAGGAUACAAAUAGAGAGUUCAAUGAAUCUCUGCAACCUUUGCUAAAAAAUUUCCUUCGUAAAUUAAUGAACUUAAAAGUAAAAACAGAAGAUAUGGAUAUUUUUUUGGCAAACGUAUUUCAUUUCCAUGGUCGAAAUCUAAUCGUCUCUCAAUCGACUUCUUCUUAUCUGAAUUUUAAAACAUUUUCCAGUGAUGAAUUGCAGGUGGACGUAAAGGAGUUAAUCAUCAAGGAACAUUUUACGUCGCUGUAUAUGUUGAUAUCUUCUUCAACAACCACAAACAACACGGUUAAAACAGAUAUGAGCACUGGUCUAUCCAGCUUGAUUGAAAGAUUGUCAACCAGCGAAGGAAUGCGUAUACUUCGAAAAUUGCUGUCUUGUAAAAACGAACAAAAAGAUAAAUUACCAUCUGUUCCUACUCGGCUGAUCUUUGAAAUUGAAAAAAAUUUAGAUAUGCAAGUUUUGUUGCGAGAACUAGGCGUCGAACAGUUAUUGACGCCCGACGCGAUUCCUUUGGACAACACCUUCGCGGAAGACAAUCAAUUCGUGCACUUCGGCAAUGCCGUGCACCGUGCUCGUGUCAAGGUCACGCAAGAGAACGUCAAGGCGGUUGCAGUAACCGUGAUCAGCGGACAGGAACCUUGUUCGAACGACAUUAUAACCGACGUGAAUACCGAUUAUCCAUUUCUUUGGUUAAUUUACGAUAAAAUGAACGCAGAUAUUCUCUAUAUCGGCGUCUUUAAUGAAGUUGGCAAGCCCGUUUCUUGAAUUAUUGGGUUGACAGAUACAAAUCUUAUCAAACGAACUGUUCAUUCUAGGAGUUUAUUGGAAAGUCUUCAUAAUUAUGAUAACAAAUUUAAGGGAAGCCAGUUUUGAAGUUUUAAAAAAUAUGAUUUGUGAGAAUUUUUUUUGGAAAAACU